AUGUUCUCCAACCGGAUCGUCGACACUCUGGCAUUGGGCCUGGUGCUCUGCCAGACCAUUCUCGCGGCCUCGUCAGCGGACUGGCGCAGCAGGACCAUCUACCAAGUGCUUACCGACCGUUUCGCCCGCUCCGACGGCAGCACUACAGCAUCAUGCCAAACUGCCGAUCGAGCCUACUGCGGUGGAACCUGGAGAGGCAUUCAAAACCAUCUCGACUACAUCCAAGGCAUGGGCUUCGACGCCGUAUGGAUCUCACCCAUCACCGCACAACUCCAAGGUCAAACCCCGGACGGCUCUUCUUACCACGGCUACUGGCAGCAGGAUAUCUACGCUCUCAACUCGGCAUUCGGCACAGCGGACGAUUUGAAGAGCCUCUCUGCUGCUCUGCAUGCGCGUGGGAUGUAUCUAAUGGUUGACGUUGUUGUGAACCACAAUGCGUACUGGGGCUCUCCGUCGAGCAUCGACUAUUCGAAAUUCACUCCUUUCAACGAUGAGAAAUACUACCAUCCGUACUGCGCUAUCAACUACAGCGACGAGAACAAUGCUGUAAACAUGGAGCAAUGCUGGGAGGGUGAUACUACUGUACCACUGCCAGAUCUUCGCACCGAGGACACCUAUGUGGCGAAUACUUGGAACUCGUGGAUCUCCAACCUCGUCAAGGAUUAUGGCAUUGACGGUCUACGCAUGGACUCCGCCAUCGAAGUCGACCCUCAGUUCUGGGCAGGGUGGCAGAAUGCAGCUGGCGUCUACGUGGUCGGCGAGACUUAUGAGGCGGAUGCAAACUACGUUUGCGGCUUCCAAAAGGUCAUUGAUGGUGUGCUCAACUACCCAACCUACUUUCCACUCGUCCAGGCGUUCCAAAGCACUUCCGGCUCUAUCUCCAAUUUGGCGAACAUGAUCAACAAUGUCAAGAGCGACUGUCAAGACACCAGUCUCAUCGGCACUUUCAGCGAAAACCAUGACCAGCCUCGCUUCGCAUCAUUGACCGGCGACAUGUCUCUGGCUCGCAACGUGGUUGCCUUCACUGUCCUCGCAGACGGCAUCCCAAUCAUCUACGAAGGACAGGAGCAGCACUACAACGCGCUAGGCGGAAGCAGCGACCCAUACAAUCGUGAAGCUGUUUGGUAUUCCAACUACAACACCCAGGCGCCACUGUACGAGCUUAUCGCCACACUCAACAAGGCCCGCAAGCAUGCCAUCAGCGAUGAUGGUGGAUACCUGGCGUACAUGAACUAUCCUAUCUACACCGACACCACGACAAUCGCUAUGCGCAAGGGCAAGAUGGUCACUGUACUUUCGAACAAGGGAGCCAAUGGCGCUGCAUACUCGCAAACUAUCGCUUCGGGGUAUGCUGGCAACACCGGCCUGACUGAGCUUCUCACGUGCUCGACCCUUACCGCAGACGGCAGUGGUAAGAUCACUGUCCCGAUGGCGAAUGGACAGCCAAGAAUCUACUACCCGACUGCAUCACUCUCCGGCAGCGGGCUGUGUGGAGGUGGUAGCAGCGGAAGCACCAGCAGCGGAAGCACCAGCAGCGGAAGCACCAGCAGCGGAAGCACCAGCAGCGGCACGACCAGCAGCAGCGGGAGCAGCACUACUACUAGCAGCAGUAGCAGUACUACUAGCAGCAGCAGCAGCAACAAUGGUCGCGGUCAGGGAAGCCGAGCAGCGGGUCGGCCUUUCAAAGCAUAG